AUGGAACUGCAAAAUUGGUUUUCACCACCAAAUGGGAAAUCACCAUAUUUUCAAGAUUUGGAUAAUAAUAAUCAGCCUUCAAAUCAACAUCAACAACAACAACAACAACAAUCACAAUUAUCAAAUCAUUCAACACCGAACAAUCAACAUAAUAAACCAUUGACACCUCAUAAUCUACAUAAUACUCCUAUCUUUGCAGAAGAACAAAUGUUUUUAUCACAACUACUUGAAAAUCAAGAAUAUUAUGAAAGGAAUUCAAAUCAUCCAACCCCAAAUCAACAACAUCAUCAUUUACAUUCACAACCACUACAACAUAAUCAAAAUAAUAUGGAUCUACAUAAUCAUCAAUUUGAUAAUAGAAAUAAUCAUCAUCCAAAUCAUAUGACUCCAAAUGUUUUACCUCAACAACAUAAUUUUGAAUUUGGUUUGGAAUUUAUAGUACCUGAAGAUUUAAAUUUUAAUGGUUCUUCUGCUUUUCCACCAAAUAUAGUAGAUGAAAAUACUCCAAUACUACCAACUCAGAAUUAUUCUUUCCAACAACAACAUCAUCAGCAACAACAUCACAAUCAACAUAAUCAACCACCUCCUCCUCAACAAAAUCUAAAUUUCGAGCCAUUAACAUCACCGGCAUUGAAUGCUCAACAACCUUCAAUUAAUGAUAAACGAAGAUCGACAUCAUCAGCUUUUGCACCACCAGAAGAACAAAAGCAACAUAAGAGAAGAACACCUCAUGGUACCCCAAUAUUACAAGCAAAUAAUCAAAAAAGUUAUGUAUCACCAUCAGUAAAACCUAAAAACUCAACACCUUUUAAUAAUUUUGAAAAAUUACCAGAACUGUCAAUAUCAGAACCAUCUAUAAAAAAAGAAGAUUCUCAACCACCAGAAGAAGAUAUGUUACCACCAAUUGGUAAACCUUUAGAAAUCAAAAGCAGUACAAACACACCAUUAAUGGGUUUCACAAUGGGUAAAUUAGCUGAAGAAGAACAAAACCAACAACAACAAAACAAAAAACAACCAUUAAAACGAUCAAAAUCCCAAACCAGAAAACCAUCAAUAUCAAGAUCAAAAUCAUCAUCAUCAUCAGCAGAAAGUAGUUCAACUUCAUCCCCUAAACUCACAAAAAAACCAGAGAAAUUAGCCACUAAAAAAGCCAGUCAUAAAUUAGCAGAACAAGGUAGAAGAAAUAGAAUGAAUACUGCGGUAGCUGAAUUAGGUGCUUUAAUACCUCAACAAUAUCAUGAUGAAGUUACUAUACCUUCAAAAGCUACUACUGUUGAAUUAGCCUCGAAAUAUAUUAAUGCUUUACUUGAUGAAAUUAAUGAUUUGAAAUCCAAGGAAAUUUCGAUUACGAUUAAAAAAGAAUAG